AUGUGGAGAAGCACGACCGGCCUCCCCGGCGUCGCUCGGUGCCUGUUUAAACCUAUUGCCAUGUUCGUAUCCACGUCGCUGAAGCGCGGCUCAACGCUGCGUAUCCCUGCAGUUUCUGCCUUGCGUGUGCAUGCGGCUAUGCCUCUGGCAUCUCGUGCUGCUCUACACACGAGUGUGCCUCGAAAGGAGGAGGCCAAGACAUGUCUGUACAACUUCCAUGUAAACCAUGGGGCGAAGAUGGUGCCGUUUGGCGGCUUUGCGAUGCCCCUCACGUACGACGGCAUGGGCCAGGUGGCUUCUCACAAGCAUGUGCGUGAGCACGCCGGUCUCUUUGAUGUAGGCCACAUGGUGCAGCACAUGUUCGAGGGCCACACGGCCCUUCAGUUCUUGCAGCACAUUACUCCUUCUUCGCUGGAGUCGCUGCCGCCAUUCUCAUCGACGCUCUCCGUAUUCCUCUCUAAGGAUGGAGGUAUCCUCGACGAUCUGAUCAUCACAAAGCAUUCGGACACCGACUUUUACGUGGUGACCAAUGCCGGUCGCCGUCACGAAGACUUGGCCUUCCUCCGCGAGCAGCUCGACGAGUGGAACCGACGCAACGGCGAUGAGGGCGAGGUCACCCACCAAGUGCUAGAGGGCCGUGGCCUCCUUGCCCUCCAGGGCCCCUCGUCUGCCCGUGUCAUGCAGAAGCAUCUGCCGCACGACUUCGAUCUGUCGAAGCUGACGUUCGGCCAGAGCGCCCUGGUGCCUAUUCGCCUUAGCGGCCAAAACAACGCGGAUUCGGUUAUGUGCCAUCUGGCUCGCGGUGGCUACACAGGUGAGGAUGGUUUUGAGAUCUCGAUCCCUCGCGAGGCUACCGAGGAAAUCGCCCGCGCGCUGCUUGACGACAGUGAGGUGGAGCUCGCCGGUCUCGCGGCGCGCGACAGUCUGCGCCUUGAGGCUGGUAUGUGCUUGUAUGGCCAUGACCUUGAUGAGAGCGUCAGUCCCAUUGAGGGCGCUCUGGCCUGGACGGUCGGUAAGGACCGUCGCGAGACAGGCGACUUCCUCGGCGCCGAGCGUGUGCUGAAAGAGCUCAAGGAGGGUCCGCCUCGCCGCCGCAUCGGCCUGCUGGUGUCGCCAGGAUCCCCUGCUCGUGAGGGUACCAAGGUGUUUGCCGAGGACGGCACGACGGAAAUUGGCCGUGUCACAUCGGGCAUCCCGUCUCCAACUUUGGGCCAGAACAUUGCGAUGGCCCUCGUGAAGAAUGGCUACCACAAGAAGGAUACUAAAUUGCUCGUUGAAGUGCGCAACAAGAUGCGCGAAGCCACGGUGGCCCGUAUGCCAUUCGUGCCGAACAAAUUCUACCGCGGAUAG